AUGGAUUUCGUCAAGAAGGCUAUGGGCAAGGCCGAAGGCCAGCAAGGUGCUCAAGGAACCGGCGCCGCAGCUCCCGCAGCUCCCCAAGCUCAAGGCGGCCAGGCCCAAAAAGACGAUUACGUUGACAAGGCUUUUGCCAUGGGCGCCAAGAAGAGUGGCCACAACAUCGACCGCAACACCCAGGAGAAGAUUACGGAUGCGGGCCGUAGCAUGUAUGAAAAGGCAACGGGUCAAAAGGUCGACCCCAAGUAUUCUAAUUAAGAGACGAGUAAUGAUUCACCAAGAUACUGUACAAUAAUGAUAAUAAUAUCGAGUCAAUACUCUCUGUCACUGGUU